AUGGCUCUUGGUAUGACUCUCUGCUCUCUGGCUCUCAAGAAUGAUGUGUCUUUCGCAUACGAGGUACUGACUGCAAUCCCGUUCACAGCAACUGCCGCCGCUGUCGCCGCUGGUGGUUGGGCCGCAGCGUCCUAUCUCGAUGCUAAGUUCGCCAUUCGACAUGACCUCGACGCCAUCAGGAGGUUGCGAAAGGGCGCGAAAGAGUACGCCCGGCUCGUCAAGGAGGACAAGGUCGCUUUCUUCUACACUCUCGAGGAGACAUGCAAAAAGAGCUGGAACAACCGCGCCAUCUGGUCGAGAGAAGGGGGGAUCUACACCUUUGGUCAGCUGUACGAGGAGACCCUCCGAUGCGCCCAAUGGUUGAUUGAGCAAGGGGUCAAACCGGGGGAACUGGUGGCCAUGUACAUGGUCAAUUCACCGCAGUUUUUCAUCACCUGGUUCGCAUGCUCGGCCGUCGGUGCGGCCCCGGCGUUCAUCAACUACAAUCUCGAAGGGAAGGCGUUGAUGCACUGCUUGGACGUAUGUCAAACAAAGUUGUUGGUUGUCGACGAAGAUGCGGCCUGCCAAAACAGGAUCAACCAGAGCCGGGCAGAGAUUGAAGGCCGGGGCACCAAAAUCGCGGUCCUCGACGGCAACAUAAAGCAGGAGAUCGCAAUGAAACCAGCAGAGAGACCCUCUGACGACCUUCGCAAGGGCACAAAAGGCAGCUUCCCUUAUUGCCUUAUAUACACCAGUGGAACCACUGGUCUUCCCAAAGGCUGUGCCUUCACGCUACAACGGGUCUAUAGUAUGUGCGGUCACAACUCGCCACUGUGUGGAGGUAUCCCGGGGAAGGAUCAAUGGUUCAAUUCCAUGCCGUUGUAUCACGGCACAGGGUCAAUCACCACCUCUUGCGCCCUCCUACAGGGCCUCGCCGUCGCCAUCGCACCGAAAUUUUCCGUGUCACGGUUCUGGAACGACAUCCACGACUCAGAGUCCACGUUUUUUGUGUAUGUGGGCGAAACAGCUCGCUAUCUGCUCAACGCGCCGCCUCACCCGCUGGAGCGGGCACACAAGCUCCGCUGUGCCUACGGCAAUGGCCUCAGACCCGACGUGUGGGAGAAAUUCCAAACGCGCUUCAACGUCCCCGAGAUCGGCGAGUUCUUCAAUUCCACCGAAGGCAUGUUCAGUCUGCUCAACUAUGACCGGGGCCCAUACCUCAGGGGCUGUGUCGGCCACCACGGGUUGAUUCUCCGAACGAUGCUUCGCAACGUCUAUAUCCCCGUCAAGAUCGACCACGAAACGGGAGAUAUCUGGCGCGAUCCGAAGACGGGUUUCGCCAAGCGGACUCCCUACGAAGAAGGCGGCGAGAUGUUAGUCGCCGUUCCGAACAAAGAGGCAUUCCAGGGCUACUGGCGGUCCCAGGCCGCCACGGACAAGAAAUUCUGCACUGACGUAUUCAAGAAGGGUGACAUCUACUAUCGCUCCGGAGACGCUCUAAGACGCGAACCGGACGGUCGCUGGCACUUCCUCGACCGUUUGGGCGACACAUUCCGCUGGAAGUCCGAGAACGUCUCGACGGCCGAGGUGGCCCUGACGAUAGGGCAGUAUCCCGGCAUCGCCGAAGCAAACGUCUACGGCGUGCUGGUCCCCAACCACGAAGGCCGAGCAGGCUGCGCGGCCAUCCACUUGGACCCAAACCACACGGGUCCAGCGGUCAACUACAACGACCUGCUGAAAUUCACCCGCGCGCGGCUACCCCGGUAUGCGGUCCCCGUGUUUCUGCGCAUCGUCAAGGCGAGCACGCAUAUCCACAACCACAAACAGAAUAAGGUGCCGCUGCGCAAGGAAGGCGUCGACCCAGCCGCCAUCGGCAAAGAAGUGCCCGAGGGCAAGGACGACCUGUUUCUCUGGGUGCCGCCAAAAGCGGACGAAUAUGUGCCGUUCACUCCCCAGGAUUGGGACAAGUUGGUCACCGGCCAGGCCAAGUUAUAA